GAAGAUGUGAAGGGACUCUUACCUCUGAUGAUCCUAAUGGUGGUCAUUUUUCUGCUGCUUCUGUUCUGGGAGAAUGAGCUAAAUGAGAAAGGAGAGGGGCCAACCAUGGAGCAGCUGCAUGUAGACUACCCUCAGAGUGACAUUCCCAUACGGUACUGCAACCACAUGGUCUUGCAAAGAGUCAUCAGGGGACCUGACAACACCUGCAAGAAGGAGCACGUUUUCAUCCACGAGAGGCCUAGAAAUAUCAAUAAGGUCUGCGCCUCUUCCAAGAAGAGGAUUUGUCAGAACCAUUCUUCCAUUUUAUGUUACCAGAGCAUGACCAAGUUCAAAAUGACUGUGUGUGGGCUCAUUGGAGGCACUAGAUAUCCUGCCUGCAGGUACAGCAUAUCCUCCAUAAAGGGGUUCAUCAUGGUCACUUGUGAUGACAUGGGGCCAGUUAGUCUCCAGAGGUAUGUUGAGUAAGUUGAGAGCAGCACCUGGGAUCCUCUCUUCUCUCUCAGAGGUACUUGCUGUCCUCAAGGCACACCUGAACUGUGGACUUGGGGUAAUGCCUUGAGUGAACUGGGUAGCUGUUAGUAAUUCAUUUAUCCUUCCCUUA